AUGUCUUUUAUGCUCUUCAACGACAACUUGUGUGGGCACCCCUUUUCAAACAGUUUUAUAGCACCCAGCCUCAAUCAAUGUUGGAGGACAACCUGGGGUGCAAGGUCUCUUUAUAUCGCGAACCUACCUGCAUGCGAAAACGGCGGAACACCGACCCUGUGGGUUGCAGCGAGCGGCGGCUGUUGGACGAAUUGGGGACGCAGCAGCGGCGGCGAAGGCGAACAACUAGACGACGACGACGAUGACACGGAAAAGGCCAUAAUGGCCAAGAGACAAAACAUGCCGGGCAUGUGCCUGUCGUCGUCGGACGGCGACGCCAACUCCAUGUACUGGUACAGUUUUAGCGACACGGCAACCUGUCACACCCUGCCCUGCCAGCAGGCGAUCCAGUAUACCAAAUUCGUCUGCUCGGGCGCGGCCUAUGCGGUGACUACCUCGGACUCGACGGCCAUGUUUGCCAUCAAGACGCCGAUUGUGGUGCUCUUUUUGUUCCAGAUGGUGCUGGUGGCUUCCAUGAUAAUAUACAAUGCUCUUGAACUUUGA